AGAAGGACACUGAUUCUGUAGCCAGUGUCUUGCUACUAGCUAAUAAGUUCCAUAGAGCUAUCUCACAGCAGGGUACAACACUUCUCACCCAGGCUAUUCAGGAAGAAAACACUAUCCAAAGCCUGUGCAUUGACAUCCUGCAAUGUCUGGACACCUCAGUCAGUGGAAUGACCCAAGUGCUAUGGCCAAGGCUUCUAGAAUAUGUGGUGCCAGCUGAGUACACUGGCACUUUGAAGCCUCUCUGCAGAUGCCUUAGGGAAGUGGUUGAGAAAAAGCAGCAGGAAGGAGAAGAAGCUGCUUGCCUGGACUACGGUGGACCAGUGAAACUCCCUACACCCCAGGGGCUGCUGGCACGACUCCUGGUAGUAGCCUCAUCCCCUUAUUCAGGAGAAGGACACGGAUGUGCUGCCUUGCAGUUACUACAGGCCCUGCACCAAAAUAUCCAUGCAGCAGUGGGUGAGAUGUGGGUAGUAAAGAUCCCAUCUCUGGUGCAGUACAUUGAAGGAAACACAGAGAAUUCCCUGGACUGUGCGCGGUGGGAGCACAUGCUGCUUCAGUUCCUAAGAACAUCUCUGGAGAUGAUAGACGACAGUGCCUGGAGCAGGCAGAUAAGCCUUGAGUUGAGCCAGCAGAUGGCCGGCUACGCCAGCCCCUCCAAUGAGAAGAGUUUCCUGUAUAAGGCGCUAGGAACAUCCUUGGCAGUUUGUCAGGACCUGGUCCAUGUUAAAUCACAGCUUCAGCAAUUUCUGACAACAACAGAUUAUAUGGAAGUCCCUGAGAGACAGGGAGUCAUUUCCAUCCUCGCAUUCUCUGCUGAGAGCCAUCUGGACCUCACCUUGAACGCACUUCAGGAGUUUGGGGCUGCAAUGAGCAAGGUUAAGGUUUCUGGGUUCAUCAGCCGCCUGAAGGGCUACCACCGGGGGAAAAGAGGCAAGACUCUCAGCACCUUGAUGCUGACCUACAGCAGCGUGGCUGUCCAUGCUCCAAAAGACCAGCUUCUCUCCCGAGUAGAGGCAGACAUCACAGGGAACAUCCUUCUCCAUUACAGAACCAGUUGUCAGGACAUGUACCUAAAAUUAACCUUCAUCCACAAUGUCAUGGAGAUUAGCUGUGCCAUCUUGGAGACCAGAGACUCCCAGGAGUUUGAAUUCUCUUACAAACUGGAGCUCCUUGGCUACAUGCUGGACUUCAUUAAAAAAGAACCACUGGAUUCCCUGGCAUCUCCAGUUCGCUACAAGGCAAUUCUUGCCAUUGGACAUCUGAGCAAACUCAAACCAUCUCUGACCUUGGAGGGAAACCGUGAGCUCCUUGAUCAGUGCUUCAAAAGUUUAUUUCCCCUUCCUCCUUUAGAGAUGAUGAAAAAGGAAAGCGAGACAGCAAAGGAUGCUCUGCUUAUAGAAUCACUCUACGUGAGGUCCUUGGAAGCCCUUGACAAGCUAAUGGAGACUUUGCUGGAGGAAGAACCAACCACCAACUGGUUCCAGGAAAUGUUUGAACUCCUAGCGACAUGGUUCAGUUCAGGGAAGGAGUGGGAGAGAGAAAGGGCCUUUCAGGCCAGCACCCGGCUGCUGACUGCCUAUCAAGAGACAGUUCAUAGCACAACUCAGGAAACUUUUAAUCGGUUUGGAUCUCUGAUUGGACGAAUAGCACCAUACAGCUGUGAUUCACUGGCCACGUCCCGUCAGUGGGUGGUUGACUGUAUCAGCUGCCUUCUCAGUAUGCAAGGCCAGCCCAUGAACCUGGGGUCAGCGGAGGAGGAGCUGAGCUGUCUCUGUGAAGAACUAACAACAGCUCCAGACCCUGAGGCUCUGUUUCAGGCAUCUUCCAAAAUGGCCAGGGUUGUUAGUGAGUACUUCCCUUCCGAACAGGCUACAGACUUUAUUGAGACCACAAUGGAUAGUAUGCUGUCUGCUAACCCCACCUGUGCCACGGCAGCUGGGCUAUGGAUGAAGAUCAUCCUAAAGGAGUGUGGAGAUGCCAUGCUGGACCAGGUGCCAGCUAUCCUGGAUAUAAUAUAUAGCCACAUGUCUAAUAUCCAGGAGGGCAGCUUGAGGCAGUUCCUGCUGGAGGCAGUGCCCAUUCUAGCUCACCAGCACCUAGAGGCAGUGAUCUCCAGCCUCCUCAGCAAACGUCUGCCGAUGGACAGUGACACCACUGAGCUGUGGAGAUCUCUGGGGGGAGACCCCUUGCUUGCCACUCAAGUCCUACAGGUCCUAAUAGAAAAAAUAAAGACGUCAACAAGCCAAGAAGGAAGCGUCACCUCAGAGACUGAAACUGACAGGCAUUUGGCAGUUGCUGAACCUCUCUCAGCAACAUGUGCCAUCUUUGAGGUGGUAUCAGCACUGCAGUCGAGCAAAGCUGUGCAGGAGCUGCUCCCAGAGUUGUUUCCUGUUCUCCUGCAGCAGGUCAGCCGAACUUUAGGCCAAAAGAUGCCUUUGCCAGUGAUCAGCAGUCAGGAGUCAUUCCAAAAAGACCGACAACAUACUGAAGGCAACCCUUGCCGGUUUUCUGUCCAAGCAUUUGAAUCCAUGCUUUCCAAAGUUGGGAAUGUGAGACUGAUGAGAGAACUCAGGGAGCAGGGAACGUGGAUUCUACUUGAAAACCCCCAGACUCACCAUGAGGGAGUGUGUCUGCUGGUGAGAGUUCUGCUAAGAUCUGAACUAGUAACACCUGAGAUCAUCCAGAGCCUCCUCGCCUGGGUGAAUUCCCCGACAGAAAACUACCGAGUCACCAGCACAGCUUUCCUUGCCCAGCUAAUGAGUGAUCCCAUGCUCAGGGAGAAAAAGUUCCUUAAGAGUGUCUUACGCGUCUUGGAAGAAAGGUCACAGGAUAGGAACAGCAUUGUCCGUCAGAUGGCUGUAAGAGGCCUGGGAAAUAUAGUCGAUGGGGCGCCUCAGAAGGUGAAAAAGCACAAGAAGUUUCUUCUGGACAUACUGAUCGGGGCCUUACAUGACAUUUUCAGUUCUGAAGUCAUUGGCGAGAGCAUGAAUGCACUGGCCAAAGUCCUGAAGCAACUGAAAGAGAAGGACAUCGGUUCUUCCUUCAGAGACCUCACCCAACAGAUCCGGACCUACUUUGACGAUGAGGAUGAUGCUCUUCGCUCAGUGGCCUUUGUCUUAUUUGGCAUCCUGGCUCAGUUGACAAAGAAAAAAUGGAAGGCCUAUUUCACCGAGCAGGUUCAAAAGAGCUGGGUCACGCUUCUGCUGCACCUGCAAGACCCAAACCCCCAGGUUUCAAUGAAAUGCAGAGCUACAUUUCACCUCUGUUUCCCGUUUUUGGGACUGAAGAGACUCCAACAUGUGAUUAAUAAGCACCUUGAUGACACAGCCAAGCUGAAUCCUACAGAACUCCAGGAGGACAUUUGCAGACACCUUGCAUCAUCCUGGAACACAUAGACAUGCACCUUAUGAAAUGGCUGUACCGGGGAUAUCUGCUGAUGUAUCUCCAGGUCCUAGAGAAAGAUCCAAGUCCCACUGUCCAGCUGGUGGCAACUGAGAUCAUAAGUGACAUCCGUUCUGGUGGAGUCCUUGAGAAAUGAAGCGGAACGGAGACAAACAGAACAAGGCGCUCCAGUAGUAUAAGGGCCCUACCAUUAAUCAAAUGUUAAUCCCACCCCUUGACCCAAUAAGCCCUGCCCACUGGUCAGCAGAAGACCCACCCCAUGGGGUAUUACUUCUGGGGCCAAGGCGGACACAUGACCAGAAGCAAUAUGUGUCAUGUGACCCCUCUAAGAAUUCCUCUCACUGUCCUCUACCAAUCAGGAUGGGUUUCGCCCCAAUAGGAAUGUCCCGAGAGAAGGUUUGACCAAUCAGGGGGAGCUCCGGGGCGGGUGACCUGUCCGGAAGUGAUUUGUGUGACCCCUCUAAGAACUCCUCCCACCACCGUCUACUGAUCAGGAGGGGUUUCAGCCACUGGGGAUCACCCCAAGAGGAGAUUUGACCAACGGGGGGGAAUUCUGGGGUGGGGUGACCCAUCCGGAAGUGCUUCAUGUGACCCCUCUAAGAACUCCUCCCACCACCCUUUACCAGUUGUGAUGGGUUUCAGCUGCAGAGGACUGCCCCAAGAGGAGAGUUGACCAAAAUAGGGUAGGUUCUCGGAAGGAGUGAACCGCCCAGAAGAGGGUCAUGUGACCCCUCUAAGAACUCUUUCCAAUGUCCUCUGCCAGUCAGAGUGCAGCACAAUCACCCCAUAAAUCCCAGCGCUGGGCAGAGGAGGCCAUCUCUUACCAAGGAGACAUGUUUUAUGAAUUAUGGAAAGGCUGAGAGGAGACAUGGACUCCUUUACCACCCCCCUGAGAACUUCGGACUUUGUUUAGCCCUGAGGAC